AUGGAUGAAUUUGGGGGUACAUAUGCCCCGCAAUCCCCGGAUCUUUCAGAGUAUCAGUCCUACGAGCAACCAGAUUCAAUCACCCAAGCAUAUCAGCCACCACCACCACAACAUUCUAGCUUUCAACAACCAACUUAUCAACAACAAUACAACUACAAUCUCCCGAAUAGCGCCCAGCCAUUUGAUCCUUUCGCCCCACAAGAACCCGUGUCCAACCAGCUUACAUACCAGCAACAGUCUUUACCCAGCAUGCCAAAGAAUAGGCGAACGAAAGAUCAGUUCGAUGACGAUGAUUUUACCCCAGAGCAACCAGCACCAAAACCAGGUCGCCAAUCUAAAAAGCAAAAGGUUGAAGAGGUGUGCGACAAGCCCGCACCAGGCGACGACGAGGGUGUAGACGUGAAGACGAAAUUUCCCGUUGCUCGUAUAAAGAGAAUAAUGCAAGCCGAUGAGGACGUCGGAAAAGUCUCACAAGUGACGCCGACUGCGGUUUCUAAAGCACUCGAACUUUUCAUCAUCUCACUAACCCUCAAAUCUGCGACUGUCGCACGCGGAAAGUCUUCAAAGCGAGUCACUGCGGCUCACUUGAAGCAAGCAGUCGUUGGCGAUGAGCAGCUAGAUUUUCUUGAGCCGCUUGUAAGUAAGAUUCCAGACGCACCAACAGGCUCCAAAUCGGAGGGAAAGAAGAAAGGGGUCGCGACGGAAGGGGAAGAGAGUAGCGACGAUGCGUAUGUUGAAGGCAAAGGAAAGAAGAAGGGUGGGGAAGGUAGGAAGAAGAGAGCAAAGGUGGUAGAUGAUUGA